GUUCGACGGCAAGGGCAAUUUCCCCUCGCAACCCAUACUUUCACGAUGCGCGGAAAACGUAGCAAACAAUACCGCAAGCUGAUGAAUCAGUACCAAUUGACAUGGGGAUUCCGCGAACCGUACCAAUGUCUAGUCGACGCCGAAAUGGUGGUUGACUGCCACAACUUCAGAUACGACCUGCUCGCCGGGCUGGAGCGCACGCUGCACGGCAAGGUUAAGCCAAUGAUCACACAAUGCGAGAUCCGCAAGCUGUACCUACGCAAGAACGAGCCCGACAUGAACAAAAUCAUCGACUUUGCAAAGACGCUCGAGCGGAGACGCUGCGGCCACUUGCCGGAGGACUACCCGGAACCCCUGAGCACGAUGGAGUGCAUGAAGGCCGUCGUCGACCCCAAGAGCAACCUCGUCAACAAGCACCGCUACUGCGUCGCCAGCCAGUCGGGCGACGUGCGCCGCAUGCUCCGCGAGAUCCCGGGUGUCCCUCAGAUUUACAUUAAGCGAUCGGUCAUGAUCCUCGAGCCCAUGGCGACGGAGAGCGUGGCGAUCAGGACCAAGGAGGAGAAGAGCAAGUUCCGCGACGGGCUCGUCAGGCCCGAGAGGAAGAGGAAGCGCGAGGAGGAUGAGGAGGACGACGACGACGAUGAGAGCGGAAAGGAGGGCAAGGCCGGAGGAGCAGGAGGAGCUGCCCAAGAGCAGAAGAAGAAGGACAAGAAGAGGGGACGCAAGGGACCGAACCCCUUGGCGGUCAAGAAGGCGAAGAAGGCCACGAGCGGCGGCGACGCGGCGCACAAGGAAGCAAAGGAAGCGCGGGCCGCGGCGGAUGGAGGUGGGGGAGAGGGAGAAGGCCCGGCGAAGAAGAAGCGCAGAAGACGGAACAAGGGCCAGGCCGCUGGCGAUGCGGCGGACUCGUCGAGUACGCCUGCUGCGAACCAGGGCGAGGUGUCGACAGAGCAAGCGGCAGCGGAAAGCUCGUAG